AUGGGGGCACCUCUUGGUACAUUUAUGCUCUUGUCGGUUUGGCUUUCUUCUUUCUUUUUCUUGUCUGAGUCGUCCUCUCCUUUCUCAUCUUGUAAAUUAAGAAGACAGUUUCAUCUUAAUGGUAUGCACAAGCCUGGCGAUGUGAUACUGGGUGGGCUGUUUGAAGUCCACUACACAUCUGUCUUCCCCGAGUUGUCGUUCACCUCAGAACCAAAGAAGCUCAGCUGCCAAGGUUUUGACCCUCCAGGGUUCAGGCAUGCCAUGACCAUGGCCUUUGCUAUUGAUGAGAUCAACAAAAACUCCAACCUGCUGCCUAAUGUGACUCUGGGUUACAGCCUGUAUGAUAACUGUGCCACACUUGUAAUUGGGUUCAGUGCAGCGUUGUCACUGGCCAGCGGGCGAGAGGAGGAAUACCUUCUUCAGGAAAAUUGUCUGGGGGUCCCUCCGGUCCUGGGGAUUGUGGGUGACUCCUUCUCAACAUUUUCUAUUGCGACCUCUGAUGUAAUAGGUUUAUUCAAAUUGCCCCUUGUGAGUUAUUACGCCACAUGUUCUUGCCUGACUGAUCGGCAGCGAUUUCCCUCCUUCUUUAGAACAAUUCCAAGUGACGCUUUCCAGGUUAAUUCCAUGAUUCAGAUUCUUAAGCGGUUUGGCUGGACGUGGGCAGGUCUGCUGGUCAGCGAUGAUGAUUAUGGACUCCAUGUGGCUCGAUCCUUUCAGUAUGAGCUGACCAAGGCUGGUGGAGGUUGUCUGGCUUACUCUGAGAUUUUGCCGUGGGGUGAAAACCCAGCUGAACUAGGAAGGAUUGUUGAAGUCAUGAAGAAAUCCACAGCUCGUGUGGUCAUUGUGUUUGCACAUCAGAUCCACAUGAUUCAACUAAUGGAAGAGGUGGUGAGGCAGAAUGUGACAGGCCUGCAGUGGAUGGCCAGUGAAGCCUGGACAGCAGCGGCUGUCCUCCAGACACCACGUCUCAUGCCGUACCUGGGUGGUACACUGGGCAUCGCAAUCCGCAGAGGAGAGAUAUCAGGGCUCAGGGACUUUCUGUUAAGAACACAUCCUGACCUAGAUGACAAUGUUAACAACGGAAAUAGCAUGGUAAGGCAGUUUUGGGAAUUCACAUUUCAGUGUAGAUUUGCUCCACCUCCAGCAGGUUGGGUGGAAGCUGGAGGAGCACUGUGCACUGGGGAGGAAGAUCUAAAGAAUGUGGAAACAGAGUUUUUGGAUGUUUCAAACCUCAGGCCUGAAUAUAAUAUUUACAAGGCUGUGUACGCUCUGGCAUACGCCCUUGAUGACUUGCUGCGCUGCGUUCCGGAGAGAGGCCCUUUCAAUGGGAGCAACUGUGCUGCUUUUCAAACACUGGAGCCGUGGCAGCUUAUGUAUUACUUAGAAAAGGUCAACUUCACCACAUCAUUUGGUGAUCAAGUGUCAUUUGAUGAGAAUGGUGAUGCCUUACCAAUUUAUGAUAUCAUGAACUGGCUGUGGCUCCCUGAUGGAGGAACAAAAGUGCAGACCGUGGGGGUCGUUAAGAAGACGACUGGCAAAGGUGAAGAACUCACUCUUGAUGAAGACAAAAUCUUCUGGAACUUUGACUCCAAAGAGCCACCCCGGUCAGUUUGCAGUGAGAGCUGUCCUCCAGGUACCCGCAUGGCCAGAAAAAAAGGGCAACCAGUGUGCUGUUUUGAUUGUGUCCCUUGUUCUGAAGGAAUGUUCAGCAAUGAAACAGACUCUGUCGAGUGCAUCAGUUGUCCAGAGGACUUCUGGUCCAGCCCCCACCGUGACCACUGUGUUCCUAAGAAGACAGAGUUCCUCUCCUACGAAGAACCUCUGGGUAUCUGCUUGACAACUGCUUCAUUGCUGGGAACAUUUAUCUGUGCUAUUGUUCUAGGGAUUUUUACUUAUCAUCGCAGCACACCUAUGGUACGCGCCAACAAUUCUGAGCUGAGCUUCCUGCUCUUGGUGUCCCUGAAGUUGUGUUUUCUCUGUUCACUGCUGUUCAUUGGACGCCCCAGAUUGUGGACAUGCCAAAUCAGACAUGCAGCAUUUGGGAUAAGCUUUGUGCUUUGUGUCUCAUGCAUCUUGGUAAAAACAAUGGUGGUUCUGGCUGUGUUCAAGGCCUCUAAACCAGGAGGUGGAGCCAGUUUAAAGUGGUUUGGUGCUGUACAGCAGAGAGGAACAGUUCUGGUUCUUACUUCAAUCCAAGCAGCAAUCUGUACCACCUGGCUUGUAUCUUCCUCACCAGUGCCUCAUAAAAACACCCACUACUACAAUGAUAAGAUAAUUUAUGAAUGUGUUGUUGGGUCCACAAUUGGCUUUGCAGUUCUACUUGGCUACAUUGGCUUGCUGGCUAUCCUUAGCUUCCUAUUAGCAUUUCUAGCAAGGAAUCUUCCAGACAACUUCAAUGAGGCAAAACUCAUCACAUUCAGCAUGCUCAUCUUCUGUGCUGUGUGGGUGGCCUUUGUCCCAGCUUAUGUAAACUCACCAGGCAAAUAUGCAGAUGCGGUUGAGGUAUUUGCCAUCCUGGCCUCUAGUUUUGGCCUCUUGGUGGCGCUGUUUGGGCCCAAAUGUUACAUAAUUCUGCUGAGACCAGAGAGGAACACGAAGAAAGCUAUCAUGGGUCGAGGUACCACCAAGUCUUAA